AAAUAUUACCUUAGAGGUGAAGGGAAAAAGGGAACUGCAUUGAACUUGAUAAAUAUAUUUAUAUAUUAUUUAUUGAAGUAUCGGAUUAAAAGUCAAAGAUGAAUUUCAUCGCUAGGCAGUUUGUGAAGGCGAUAAAAAAUGAAAUAACAAAUCAAUCUCACGUGUGCGGCCUCGGCAGAACCUUGUCUUACAAAAGUGCCUACUCGCUGGAUAACCUCUAUCCGAAAAGCAGCCUAAAACUUUACACGCCCAAUUUUGUGCCCGAAGAUCCGAAUGCGAAAUUCAAUGGGUUCAUACCGAUGGAUGAACUCCAGAUUUCCUACAGCAGAAGCAGUGGACCUGGAGGGCAGAACGUGAAUCGAGUAAACACCAAAGUUGACCUGAGAUUCAACGUCAAGAACGCUCGAUGGUUGAACGACGAACUGAAGCCAAAGUUGUUGGAUAAAUACAGCACAAAAAUCAACAAGAACGGAGACCUGAUUAUUAAAUCAGACGUGACUAGAUCGCAGCAGCUGAAUCUAGCCGACGCUUUAGAAAAGCUGAGAUUCAUGAUCAGACAAGUCGCCAAACCUCCGCCUCAAAUUACAGAAGAAACAGAGGAGAGAUUGCGAAGAAGACACCUCAAAGCGGCCAGAGAACGCCUGAUAUUCAAGAGAAGGCUAUCGGACAUAAAGAAUAGCAGACAAAAUUCAGAUUCCGAUUUUUGAACUCUUGAAAGUCCUCGGUCUUACACCGUAUAACAUUCGUCAAUUGUACAGUAAAAAUUGGUUUUCUUCUAACAACAAACUGCGGCUAAUACAAAAUCUGCUGCGAGAUGAAAUGCAGAGACAUUUGCGGUGUAUCUAGUGCUAAGCCUGUUAUCAUAUGUGUAAAUCAGUCGCGUUGAUCAAUAAAGCCGAAGAGGAGUAGUUUU